AUGGUAAGGUGGGACAGCUGCCUCGACACGGACGAAGAGCACGUGAAUUUUGCUAGAAGAGAUGAACUAAGCAGAGCUCACAGUGAGGAAAGUGAGGAACCAGAUGGACCCCUGAACUUUGAGCUUGAUGUUUGCAGCCAGGAUCCAGAAUACAAGUCCACAGCUCCCCUGCCAAGUACUGAGGUCAAACUGAUCACCAGCUGGGAAGCAGGAUGGAAUGUAACAAAUGCCAUUCAGGGAAUAUUUGUCCUAGGUUUGCCGUAUGCUCUUCUCCACAGUGGAUACAGUGGUCUGUUUCUUAUUAUCUUGGCUGCUGCCUUAUGCUGUUACACAGGCAAAAUUCUAAUUGCUUGCCUGUAUGAAGAAAAUGAAGAUGGGCAACUCAUAAGGGUGAGAGACACGUACGAAGAUAUUGCAAAUGCCUGCUGCAAAAAGCUGUCUCCCAAACUAGGUGGAAUAGUUGUCAAUGUGACCCAAGUGAUGGAACUGAUCAUGACAUGUAUUUUGUAUCUGGUUUUUAGUGGGAACUUGCUGUCACAUAGUUUCCCAUUCAUACCAGUGACUGAGAAAACUUGGUCUGUAAUUGCAUUUGUUACACUGCUGCCUUGUGUAUUUAUCAAGACUCUCAAAAUUGUUUCCAAACUCAGCCAGCUUUGCUCCUUGGUCCAUUUCAUUAUCAUCCUUGUAGUGAUGACUUACUGUCUCACACAAAUACAGAGAUGGUCCUGGGCAAAAUUCAGACUCUCGAUUGACUUUGAGGAAUUUUUGGUCUCUGUAGGGGUGAUCAUUUUCAGUUACACUUCGCAAAUAUUUCUUCCCACACUUGAAGGUAACAUGAAAAACCCAGGGGAAUUUAAACAUAUGCUGCACUGGACUCACUUUUUUGCUUGUGUCUUGAAAACAACCUUUGCAUUGACUGCAUUCUUGACCUGGGGUGAAGAGACAAAGGAAGUUAUUACUGACAACCUGCCAUCAUUUCUUCAAACCUUGCUGAAUGUGUGUCUCUUAACCAAGGCUCUUCUUUCUUACCCUUUGCCCUUUUUUACAGCCACAGAAAUUUUUUAUGCUUGUAUUUCUAGAAGCUCCCUGUCCAAUUACAGAUUUCCACUAUUUGCUCUGAGUGUAAGGGGCUCAUUUCUCUUGUUAACUCUGCUGAUGGCCGUGUUCAUACCACAUUUUGCCCUGCUGAUGGGUUUCACAGGCAGUGUUGCAGGUGCUGCUAUGACUUUCCUCCUUCCUUCUCUCUUCCAUUUGAAACUUAAAUGGAAAAAAAUGUCCUUCUUAGAGAAAUGUGCAGAUAUCUCUAUUUUUAUUUUGGGUUCACUUUGUAGCCUUGCAGGCACAGUUUGCUCAGUAAAAGGAUUUCUUGAAGUAUUUGGAGGAAUGUAA